GUUGAGAAAAGAGCAAGGAUUCUGAAAAAAGUUGAAUACGAGGGUAACUUAAUGAAUGGUAUAGAUUAUAGCCUCAUUGGUCACGUUGUUGGAAUUUUCCAUAAAAAGAGGAAUGUACCUAGAGAUUAUGUGACUAAUGAGAUUCUUGAUGAGGACAAUGAAGUAUUUCCAAUUGAAAAUAAGCCAAUUGAAACUAAUAAUACCGACCCAAUUGAUGUUAAGGAU